AAUUUUCAUCAGGAUAAAUAUUAGGUGACGCCUUAAUCAUGUAUUCAUUAAUCUAACUCUCUGGCUUACAAAAGUAUUGGAUACUGAAUGGACGAAGAGGGAAGUUUGUUUAUCAAAAGUUACCGCGCUAGCCAAAAAAGGUUUUACCACUUUUCCUGGGUUUUUGUAACUAACAUCUAUUGGUGCACAAAUGAAUUAUUCACGGGAUCCACCUCCUCCGUACGAAACUACCAAUACUGCUCCAUAUCCUACAAUCGGCUUUGCAGUUGGACCAUACUCUGAUUCAACAGGAUAUCAAGGUCAACCAUCUAAUCUAGAGCCUAAAUCUAAUCGUGGUGAACCGUUUACAAGUUUAGAGUAUUCUGAGAAAAGUAUUAGGCAUGCUUUCAUUCGAAAGGUCUAUCUAAUUUUAACAGCUCAGUUAUUAGUGACUUCAGCAUUUAUAUGCACUUUUCUUUUUUCGUAUCGUGUAAAGUAUUGGGUUGCAAGAAAUUCAUGGUUUUAUUACCUAUCCUAUGGGAUUUUUCUAUGCACCUAUAUUGCAUUGGUUUGUUGCCCGAGUGUAAGACGAAGAUAUCCUGGAAAUAUUAUUGCUCUAUCUAUUUUUACAUUGGCAUUCUCCUAUAUGACGGGUACUAUUACAUCAUAUUAUGAUACACAAUCUGUUCUGAUCGCUGUUGCUAUUACCGCUUGUCUGUGUAUAGCAAUCUCUAUAUUUGCAAUGCAAACAAAAAUUGAUAUUACUAAAUGCACUUCAUUAAUAUUUGUCUUGUCUAUUGUGGUAAUGUUAACUGGAAUUGCUUGCAUAAUUGUCUAUGCAGUAUCUGGACCGAAUAGAAUUUUGCAAGCUGUCUAUGGUGGACUUGGAGCAUUGCUAUUCGGAGUGUAUUUGGCUUUCGAUACACAACAUAUUAUGGGUGGACGAGAACAAGAACUCGGUGCAGAGGAGUAUAUUUACGGUGCUUUACAAUUAUACUUGGAUGUCGUCAAUUUAUUCCUUAUGAUUCUAUCAUUAUUCGGUAGUAGAGACUAAUUGAUUAAUUUAUAUAGAGUUGUUAUUUAAUGCCUUUCUAAAUCAAUCCUAAGAAGGCAGUUCAUACAUACCAUCACAUACCAAAAAAACACACAACAGAAAUCACCAUUACAAUGAAUUUAUACACUUUGUUUCCGUCAUCUCUUCACCUUUCUUUUGAUAUACAUAUGUGUAUCCCUUGCAAUGUCUUUUUCUUAUUGUUCCCCUUUAUAUUGCAUACUGUUCAUCAUGUUUCGUUUCACUACGAGAGUAUAAUUUGUUCUCCAUUAUUGUCGUUAUUGUUAUUAUUAUCAGCAUUAUUACGAUCAGUAUUCAUGCUUUUGCGUGAACAAUGUUUAAAAAAAGACGGUGAUUACAUAAUCAAAAAUUUAUAUUAUUUGAUGAAUAAUGCCACCACUCCACUUAUCAUUCAUAUUUAUCAAAAUCAUAACUUUUAUUGUUGUUGUUGUCUGAUUCGGUAAACGUUCCAUUAUCCGCCUAGUUUGCUUAAACAAUUUAUGCACUGUAACAUUUGAUAAUGAUGAUGAUGAGCAUUCACAUAAUGUAUGCUACAAUGAUUAACUUUGUUUGUUUUGAUUUCGAUAUUUAAACUUUUUUUCUUUUGCCGAGUGUGCUUUCUUUUUUUUCCUCAACAUAUUUAACAAUUGUGAUAUCAAUGUGAUGAGGCAUCAUACACUUGUGAUCACUUAAUGAAACAUGAAUAGUUUUGUGUUUUCCCCUUAUAUAUUCACUGACUCCGAUAAUCAAUGACUACAUCAGGUGAAUGUCAUAAAUGUCAUUCUGUGUUCUCAUUUCUUUGUCAUUAUUAUUAUUAUUAUUAUUAUUAUUUUGUCUUGUCUAUCUAUCAUGAUGUAUUUCUUGAAUAUAUAUAUAUAUAUAUAUAUAUAUAUAUAUAUAUAUAUAUA